AUGGAUAGUUCGCCUCGGGAGAGCCGCCUCCUUGUGUUCAGGCUGUGCGUUAUUUGGGGGUUUGUCAUCGGUUCUUGGGCCGUGUUGCAGGUUGCCACACCCCUCGUUCUGAAGGAUAUAGUGGGAAAGGAUGUGGCGCCGACCUGGCAGGGAGUCUUUACAGCCACGACGGCAGUGAGUGGAAUGAUUUUUUGCGGCCUCGCCGGCCACUACUCGGAUCGUGUAGGCCGUCUUGAAUUUCUGACCCCGUGGAUGGCUUUCUUUUUCCUCACGACAAUCCUUGUUGUCUUCAGCGAUAUCACUGGCUCAAUUUACAUGCUGUGGGUAGCCCGAGUUGCCGCGAUUUCGAUCCCUUCGACCAUAUUGCAAGCCUUUUUCUCUGACUAUCUGAAAGGAAACGCGUUGCUGGAAUCGUUUGGGUAUCUUGGAGCGACGUUUGGUACUUCGAUGAUCACCUCCUCCAUUAUGUGUGGGAUGAUUAGUUGGUAUUAUUCCCGUGUUGCCGCUUUGGUUUUUGGGGCGUGUCUGGCAGGCAUUGCCAUGCUGCUCACCUUGGCGGUAAAGCUUCCGGGUCGGUCGAAAUUUGCUUCUCCCACCGUGGAGGCCAAAGCGGAGUCAAACACUUUGUUUUCCUCGUCUGGUGGUUUAGCCAGCAGUCUGUCUACCAUUUAUAGGGAUGCGCUGUUGCGGAAUCUUAUCUGUGCUCUUGCCUUUCUGCGGGUUGGUAACGUGACCACCCACAUGAUGCUCGUACUCUUUGUGGACUUCCGCCUCGGCUGGAAAUUGCCGGAGAUGAGUCUAAUGGUUGGUGUCUCCGCCAUGGUCGCCGUGCUGUGUCAACUCGCUGGUGUCAGGUUUGUGAUUUCUAGCGAUAUUGUUCUGCCGGUGCUCUUUAUUGUAUUGGCGAUGCUUCCGCUGGUGACGGCGGGCUACGCCAUGGCGAUGACAGGUCCUCAGAUGUACAUUGUGUCUAUUUUGGGCUCAUUGACAACGAUCGCCUCCACCAUCUUUAACGCGAAGAUCACGGCAAUUGCCUCGGAUAAUGGUGUGGCUGGUUUGGCGCUGGGAUGUGUGGGAACCCUGCAGAAUAUAUUAGAAAUUUUUGUGGCGCUCUCUUUGGGACGACUUCUCUCGUGGUCCUUUAAGACUCAGCCGCGCACGCACAUACUGAGCGGCCUUCCUUUUAUUAUUAACGGGGCCUCCUUAACCCUCGUCGUGGUGAUUGUCCUCUACUCCCACAAGCGCUACGGCCGCGGGAGGACAUCUUGGGUGGAGGGUGUACAUGUGGGAUGA